AUGGCCGGCGACGACGGCCGAGCCCCGUCCCGGCCGCCGACGGGUGACGACGGCGGCGGCGGGGAGAGCCCCGACGGGGGCGCGCUGUCGCUGAGGCCGGGGCUCCCCAUCAGGGGCGUGCGAAUGAAGUUCGCCGUGCUCGCGGGCCUGGUGGAGGUCGGAGAGGUGUCCAACAGGGACAUCGUGGAGACCGUGUUCAACCUGCUGGUGGGAGGCCAGUUUGAUCUGGAGACGAACUUCAUCAUCCAGGAAGGUGAGAGUGUCGUCUGCAUGCUGGAUUUACUGGAGAAGUGCGAUAUCACUUGCCAGGCAGAGGUCUGGAGCAUGUUCACAGCCAUUCUGAGGAAGAGCAUCCGAAACCUUUACGUCUGCGCAGAAGUGGGCCUCGUGGAGAGAGUACUUGGGAAGAUAGAGAGAGCCGACAGUAUGAUUGCAGAUCUUCUCGUGGACAUGUUGGGAGUGCUGGCCAGCUAUAAUUUGACAGUUAGAGAACUGAAGCUUUUCUUCAGCAAACUUCAAGGAGAUAAAGGACACUGGCCUCCACAUGCUGGGAAGCUGUUGUCGGUGUUAAAGCAUAUGCCUCAGAAGGAUGGUCCUGAUGCCUUCUUCAGCUUCCCAGGGCGGAGCGCUGCAGCUAUUGCACUACCUCCUAUAGCCAGAUGGCCUUACCAGAAUGGCUUUACAUUUCACACCUGGCUUAGAAUGGAUCCUGUAAAUAAUAUUAAUGUUGACAAGGAUAAACCAUAUUUGUAUUGUUUCAGAACCAGCAAAGGUCUCGGCUAUUCUGCUCACUUUGUUGGUGGCUGUUUGAUCAUAACAUCAAUAAAGUCAAAAGGAAAAGGCUUUCAGCAUUGUGUGAAGUUUGACUUCAAGCCACAAAAGUGGUACAUGGUCACUAUAGUGCACAUUUACAACCGCUGGAAGAACAGCGAGCUUCGGUGUUACGUCAACGGCGAGCUUGCGUCCUACGGGGAGAUCACAUGGCUUGUCAACACCAGUGAUACCUUUGACAAGUGCUUCCUGGGCUCAUCAGAAACGGCCGAUGCCAACCGGGUGUUCUGUGGUCAGAUGACUGCGGUCUACCUUUUCAGCGAUGCUCUCAAUGCUGCUCAGAUCUUCGCCAUUUACCAGCUGGGCCUGGGGUACAAGGGUACAUUUAAAUUUAAAGCAGAAAGUGACCUUUUCCUGGCUGAACAUCAUAAACUUUUAUUGUACGAUGGCAAGCUGUCCAGUGCCAUCGCCUUCACGUAUAAUCCGAGGGCCACAGAUGCCCAGCUGUGCCUCGAGUCAUCUCCCAAGGACAACCCUUCCAUCUUUGUUCACUCUCCACACGCUCUCAUGCUGCAGGAUGUAAAGGCAGUUUUAACACAUUCCAUCCAAAGUGCCAUGCAUUCAAUUGGAGGAGUGCAAGUUUUGUUUCCGCUUUUUGCACAGCUGGAUUAUAAGCAAUAUUUAUCUGAUGAGGUGGAUCUGACUAUCUGCACGACCUUGCUGGCUUUCGUCAUGGAGGUGCUGAAGGGCUCCCUCGCCAUGCAGGAGCAGAUGUUGGCUUGCAAGGGCUUCCUGGUGAUAGGCUGCAGCCUUGAGAAGUCUUCCAAGUCCCAUGUCAGCAGAGCAGUACUUGAACUUUGCCUUGCGUUUUCCAAGUAUUUGAGCAAUCUGCAGAAUGGCAUGCCCCUCCUGAAACAGCUGUGUGAUCACAUUCUCCUCAACCCCGCCAUAUGGAUCCACACUCCAGCCAAGGUUCAGCUGAUGCUCUACACGUACCUGUCCACUGACUUCAUCGGUACAGUCAACAUAUACAACACUAUUCGGAGAGUUGGGACAGUGCUGCUCAUCACGCACACACUCAAGUACUACUACUGGGCAGUGAAUCCGCAGGACCGCAGCGGCAUCACCCCCAAGGGAUUAGAUGGACCGAGACCCAGUCAGAAAGAAAUACUUUCUCUGCGAGCCUUCUUACUGAUGUUCAUUAAGCAGUUAGUGAUGAAGGACUCUGGAGUAAAGGAAGAUGAGCUACAGGCUAUUCUUAAUUACUUGCUGACUAUGCAUGAGGAUGACAAUCUGAUGGAUGUCCUACAGCUGCUUGUUGCACUGAUGGCGGAGCACCCUAACUCCAUGAUUCCCGCUUUUGACCAGAGGAACGGGUUACGUGUUAUCUAUAAACUUUUGGCAUCAAAAAGUGAAGGAAUCAGAGUACAAGCACUCAAGGCACUGGGCUAUUUCUUAAAACAUCUGGCCCCAAAGAGAAAAGCUGAAGUCAUGCUUGGGCAUGGGUUGUUUUCCUUGCUGGCUGAGAGGCUAACACUUCAGACAAAUCUAAUCACCAUGACCACGUAUAAUGUUCUGUUUGAGAUUCUCAUAGAGCAGAUCUGUACUCAGGUGAUACACAAACAGCAUCCAGACCCCGACUCCACAGUGAAAAUACAAAACCCGCAGAUACUAAAAGUAAUUGCGACCCUACUUCGAAAUUCUCCCCAGUGCCCAGAGAGCAUGGAGGUUCGCCGCACCUUUCUCUCUGACAUGAUUAAGCUGUUUAAUAACAGCAGGGAGAACAGGAGGAGCCUGCUGCAGUGCUCUGUGUGGCAAGAGUGGAUGCUUUCUCUCUGCUAUUUUAGCCCCGAGACUCCAGACGAGCAAAAGGUAACAGAGAUGGUGUACGCCGUAUUCAGGAUCCUGCUGUACCACGCCGUCAGAUAUGAGUGGGGCGGCUGGAGGGUGUGGGUUGACACCUUAUCCAUCGCACAUUCAAAGGUUACUUUUGAAAUGCACAAAGAAAACCUUGCCAAUAUAUUUAGGGAAGAGCAGGGGAAAGGUGAUGAAGAAUUAGGGCCAUCUUCUUCACGUCUGGAUCCAGAAGUCCCAGAUGUUGGUGCUUCCGUGGGCACCCAGCACUCAGAUCCAAAGGACUCUCCCGUCUCGCUUCAUUUCACUAGAAAUGGUGACGAGAACUUCAGUAUUGGGAAGGCAAGUUCAGUUGAUUCUACAUCCAGCCCUGAGCUGCAGGCGCCAGAGACGUCUCCUGACGAAAAGAAAGCAGAGCAAGAAAGUCGAGAACUCCUGGGCCAAACCACUUCGGGAGAAGUGACAAGUGAGACGAAGGACACCCGUGACUCAGAAGCAUCUUCUGAUGCAGGAGAACCUGGGACCCUUGCCUCUAGGUCUUUUGAACUACCUGGCAAAGAUACAAUGGCCAUCAGUGGAAUCAGUGCUGUCAUAAGUUCUCCCUCAGAGCAAGAUGCUGCAGAGGUGCCAGAGUUGCUGGAGAAAUCCGGAGUAGAGGAAGAAGAAGAAGAUGAUUAUGUGGACCUGAAGGUGGAAGGUAGCCCUACUGAGGAAGCCAGUCUGCCCACAGAGCCCCAAGGCAGCAGUUUGUCUGCAGCCACAGGAGAGCCAUUCAUGCGUGGCAAUGACUGCAGGGCUCAGAAGGAAGCACCUGAAACUGAAAAUGAUCCCGAAACUGGAGAUUGUCAAGAGGCUAGGUUUCCAAGUAUGGCCGCAGCAGGGUCUUUACCUACCUCACCAGAAGCUCCUGUUACCCAGACAAGUGUACAAGCAGACAUUGAUGAGACAUUGGAUGGAGGAAUGAAAGCAACUAACCUUGCUGGAGAAACUGAGUUGGGUAGUGAUUGUGCUGACAAUGUCUGUGAGGCCCCUGCUAGUUCUGAGCAAAAGAUUGCCAAGCUGGAUGUUUCCAGUGUUGCUUCAGAUACUGAGCGGUUUGAAUUGAAGGCCAGUACGAGCACGCAAGCGCCACAGCCUCAGCGACACGGGCUUGAGCUAUCAAGGCAACAGGAACAGCCAGGGCAAGGAGCAGCCCCGGAUGCUGUUGACCAACCCAGGAGGGACUCCAGGUCGACCGUGUUCCGCAUCCCUGAGUUCAAGUGGUCUCAGAUGCAUCAGCGUUUGCUCACUGAUCUCUUAUUUUCCAUAGAAACAGAUAUACAGAUGUGGAGAAGCCACUCAACAAAGACAGUUAUGGACUUCGUGAAUAGCAGUGAUAACAUCAUCUUUGUCCACAACACAAUUCAUCUCAUCUCUCAAGUGACGGACAGUGUGGUCAUGGCCUGUGGGGGCAUACUGCCCUUGCUCUCGGCAGCUACGUCGGCCACGCAUGAGCUGGAGAAUAUUGAGCCUACACAAGGCCUUUCAAUAGAAGCCUCAGUGACUUUUCUGCAGAGGCUCAUCAGCCUUGUAGACGUGCUCAUAUUUGCAAGUUCUCUUGGUUUCACUGAAAUUGAAGCUGAAAAAAACAUGUCAUCUGGAGGAAUUCUGCGACAGUGCCUCCGACUGGUGUGUGCAGUGGCUGUUAGGAAUUGCUUAGAGUGUCAACAGCAUUCACAGCUGAAAGGUAGAGGAGACACAGCAAAAGGCUUGAAAACAGUGCCUAGCCUGAUUCCCAUGGGGAAGUCUGCAGCAAAGAGCCCAGUGGACAUUGUGACUGGUGGUAUAUCUCCAGUGAGAGAUCUUGACAGGCUUCUGCAAGACAUGGACAUCAACCGGCUUCGAGCAGUUGUGUUUAGAGACGUUGAGGAUAGCAAGCAAGCUCAGUUUUUGGCUUUGGCCGUUGUGUACUUUAUCUCUGUUCUGAUGGUCUCAAAGUACAGAGACAUUUUGGAACCCCAAGAUGAAAGACACAGUCAGUCUCUUAAGGAAACUGGAAGUGAAAAUGGUGAUGUGUCACUUCCUGAUGCAGAAAGCACAGCAGCAGAAUGCAGCUCUUUAACCAUGUCUUCGGUGGAGGAGCCCUCGGGAGGCGCCGCCUCUGCUCGUAGGAGGGACUCUGGCCUGGGUGAGGAGACAGCCUCUGGCCUAGGAAGCACGGUGUCUGUAGCUUCUCCAGGAGCGCCUCCAGGGGUCAGCGCGGGCCCCGACGCCGUCAGCGAGGUGCUGUCCACUCUUUCUUUGGAAGUCAAUAAAUCUCAGGAAACAAAAGCGGAUGGAGGAAACGAGGUGGAUAGGAAGAAGACACCGUCAGUUCCAGUUUCAAAGCCUGUCAACGUGAAGGACAUUCUCCGGAGCCUGGUUAACAUGCCGGCCGACGGAGCCCCAGCGGACCCCGGCCUCCUGCCCCCGGCCAGCCUGGGCGCUCUCAGUGGCCUGGCUGCCCACGCUGUGCACCUCAGGUCUUUCGACAGAAGUGUCAUCAUUGCAACAAAAAAAUCAGCAGUCUUACCUUCCACCCUUAAUACAAGCGCACCCGCCCACGCUGUCAGUGUGGUUUCGUCAGGAGAUUCCACCCAAGCCUCAGAUGUCGGCAGAGAGUCUCCAGGAAGUAGGUCAGCUAAUGCAAAAUUGCCCUCGGUGCCAGCGGUUGGCUCUGUUCCACAAGACCCAGUUGCGCACAUGAGCAUCACAGAACGUCUGGAGCAUGCACUGGAGAAAGCGGCUCCUCUGCUACGAGAGAUUUUUGUGGACUUUGCGCCUUUCCUUUCUCGGACCCUUUUGGGUAGUCACGGACAAGAGCUGCUUAUAGAAGGAACAAGUCUGGUCUGCAUGAAGUCCAGCAGUUCCGUCGUGGAGCUGGUCAUGCUGCUGUGUUCUCAGGAGUGGCAGAAUUCUAUUCAGAAGAAUGCAGGCCUUGCUUUUAUUGAACUUGUCAAUGAAGGAAGGUUACUCAGCCAGACAAUGAAGGACCAUUUAGUAAGAGUAGCAAAUGAAGCCGAAUUUAUCCUGAGCAGGCAGAGAGCAGAGGACAUUCACAGACAUGCAGAAUUUGAGUCCUUGUGUGCUCAGUACUCUGCAGACAAAAGAGAAGAGGAAAGGAUGUGUGAUCACCUAAUUAGAGCCGCCAAGUACCGAGACCACGUGACAGCAACUCAGCUGACCCAGAAGAUUGUCACCCUCCUCACAGACAAGCAUGGCGCCUGGGGGAGUUCUGCAGUGAGUCGUCCUCGUGAGUUCUGGCGCCUGGACUACUGGGAAGAUGACUUGAGGCGCCGGCGACGGUUUGUGCGUAACCCCCUAGGAUCGACACAUCCCGAAGCGACACUAAAGACAGCCGUGGAGCAUGCCGCAGAUGAAGACAUCCUUGCUAAAGGAAAACAGUCCAUCAAGAGUCAGGCUUUAGGAAAUCAGAACUCUGAGAGCCAGACCCUCCUGGAAGGCGACGAGGACACUCUGUCAUCCGUGGAUGAGAAAGAUUUAGAGAAUCUUGCCGGUCCUGUUAGCCUGAGCACGCCGGCUCAGCUUGUGGCCCCUUCUGUGGCACUGAAAGGUACUCUCUCGGUCACGUCCUCUGAACUCUAUUUUGAGGUGGAUGAAGAGGAUCCCAACUUCAAGAAAAUUGACCCAAAGAUCUUGGCAUAUACAGAAGGCCUGCAUGGAAAAUGGCUGUUCACAGAGAUAAGAUCAAUCUUUUCUCGUCGUUAUCUUUUGCAAAAUACAGCCCUGGAGAUCUUCAUGGCAAACAGAGUUGCUGUAAUGUUCAACUUCCCAGACUCCGCCACAGUAAGGAAAGUGGUGAACUAUCUACCUCGCGUUGGUGUGGGAACUAGUUUCGGACUACCUCAGACCAGGCGCAUUUCCUUAGCCACUCCCCGUCAGCUCUUUAAGGCUUCGAAUAUGACUCAGCGGUGGCAGCACAGAGAGAUUUCAAACUUUGAGUACCUGAUGUUUCUCAACACAAUAGCAGGACGGGGUUAUAAUGACUUAAAUCAGUACCCUGUGUUUCCCUGGGUCAUCACUAAUUAUGAGUCAGAAGAACUAGAUCUUACCCUGCCAAGCAACUUCAGAGAUUUGUCCAAGCCAAUAGGAGCUUUGAAUCCUAAAAGAGCAGCGUUCUUUGCAGAACGGUUUGAGUCAUGGGAAGAUGAUCAAGUUCCCAAGUUCCACUAUGGUACUCAUUACUCAACUGCAAGCUUUGUUCUUGCCUGGCUUCUAAGAAUAGAACCCUUUACGACUUACUUUCUAAAUUUGCAAGGAGGAAAAUUUGAUCAUGCAGAUAGAACUUUCUCAUCCAUUUCCAGAGCAUGGCGAAACAGUCAGCGUGAUACGUCUGAUAUUAAGGAGUUGAUUCCUGAGUUUUACUAUCUCCCUGAGAUGUUUGUCAACGUCAACAGUUAUAACCUGGGAGUGAUGGACGAUGGGACGGUGGUGUCGGACGUGGAGCUCCCUCCUUGGGCCAAGACCUCAGAGGACUUCGUCCGCAUCAACAGAGUGGCCCUGGAGAGUGAGUUUGUCUCCUGUCAGCUUCACCAAUGGAUUGACCUUAUUUUUGGCUACAAACAACAAGGACCCGAGGCAGUGCGAGCCCUCAACGUGUUCUACUACCUCACCUAUGAAGGGGCAGUCAGCCUGAGCUCAAUCGCCGACCCCGUGCUGAGAGAGGCUGUGGAAGCUCAGAUCCGAAGUUUUGGACAAACGCCUUCUCAGCUGCUGACAGAGCCGCACCCUCCUCGAGGCUCAGCCAUGCAGGCGUAUCUCCUCCUGCAGAGUCCAUUGAUGUUCACAGACCAGGCCCAGCAGGAUGUCAUCAUGGUCCUAAAGUUCCCUUCAAACUCUCCCGUCACCCAUGUUGCAGCCAACACCCAGCCGGGCUUGGCCAUGCCUGCCGUCAUCACUGUCACCGCCAACAGGCUCUUCGCUGUGAACAAGUGGCACAGCCUUCCAGCUCACCAAGGUGCUAUCCAGGACCAGCCAUCGCAGCUGCCCGUGGAAAUCGAUCCUCUCCUAGCCUGCGGUACAGGGACACACAGGAGGCAGGUCACUGACCUUCUGGACCAGAGCGUUCAAGUUCAUUCCCAGUGCUUCGUCAUCACUGCCGACAACCGCUUUCUUCUGGUCUGUGGCUUCUGGGAUAAGAGUUUCCGAGUCUACUCCACAGACACAGGAAAAUUGAUUCAAGUGGUGUUUGGCCAUUGGGAUGUUGUCACGUGCCUCACUCGCUCGGAGUCAUACAUAGGGGGGAAUUGCUACAUUCUCUCUGGGUCACGUGACGCAACCCUUCUUCUGUGGUACUGGAACGGAAAAAGCAACGGGAUUGGAGAUCACCCAGGAAGCGAAGCCACCACUCCCCGUGCCAUCCUCACGGGCCACGACUACGAGGUCACCUGCGCUGCCGUGUGUGCUGAGCUGGGCCUGGUGUUGAGUGGCUCUCAAGAAGGACCAUGUCUCAUACACUCCAUGAAUGGAGACUUGCUAAGGGCUUUGGAGGGCCCCGAAAACUGCCUGAGACCAAAACUCAUCCAAGCAUCGAGAGAGGGCCACUGUGUCAUCUUCUAUGAAAACGGCUGCUUCUGCACCUUCAGUGUGAAUGGGAAGCUGCAGGCCGUCGCUGAGACAGACGACCACAUACGGGCCAUGCAGCUGAGCCGAGACGGGCAGUACCUGCUCACGGGAGGAGACCACGGGGUGCUGAUAGUGCGCCAGGCGGCCGACCUCCGGCAGCUCUUCGCCUACCCCGGCUGUGACGCCGGCAUCCGCGCCAUGGCCCUGUCCUUCGACCAGAGGUGCAUCAUUUCCGGCAUGGCGUCGGGAAGCAUCGUGCUGUUCUACAACGACUUCAACCGCUGGCAUCAUGAGUACCAAACCCGCUACUGAUGGUGACAGCCAUGCCCUGGUCCUGUUCCAGGCUGAGCUAGGAAGGACUCCGGACAUCACUCUCUCUGUGGAAACAGCGAUCACACCUGAAUGUAACUUCAAUUUGCUUGAACAAGCAAAGUAUUUUUUAAAGUUAAUUGCUAUUUUUGUAGACUUUGCUUGACACUUGGGGGUGGGGAGCAGCAAAGCAGAGAGCUGGCUGCUGGUUUCUGUAGUUUAAAAAAACCUAUAUUUUUAGUCAUGAUGAAAAGUCUAUUUUCACCAAUUAUGGAUACAAACAGUGGAGCCAAUAUUCCCACUAGUUCGUGCUUUGUUGUGUAAAGCCAUUUCCCACUUACCUGUAAUCUUGAGAAGUAAGAUUUUAGCAAUAGGGAAAUGGUUCUAGCACCGGGACGGGGAUUUUAUUCUGCACUGGGUCCUGUAUUUUUCUAGACAAUUGUGCUUUCUUCAGUGCUGACAUUUCCAGGAUUUUAAUAGUACUGUUUAAAUUAUGACGUGUGAUUUAAAACAUCUCAAUGGAUUAUUUCUGUAUUCCUCUUCUGUAAGCAUGUGUUAGCCCUAGAAAAUUAUGGUUUGGGGAAGGCUAUUUUAUUUUAGUGUGUGUUAAACAACAAAGAUCUAAGUUAUAACAAUCACAAAUGUUCACCCCUUUUCCUGAUCUGUCGUCCUCAUGGCUCAAGGUGAAAUGAUGGAAACACUCUAGGGCUCACAGUCCUCGUUUCUUGUAAGAAUAAGAAGUACCAAAGCCUGCCCGAGUCACCAGUGCCCUGUGAGGAGGCGGCGCCCCCCCCCCCCCCAGAUCAGAGGGUGCAGGAACCGUGCUGAACAGCGCCUGCCUGACCCGUGUGAGGAAACUGCCUCUGCCUUCUUUCUGAUUAGCAGUUUGUACUAAGAGUGUUAUUUUGGUGUCAUAUAAUUCUACCUUUUUCUAGUAGAUUGCUGUAUGAAAUUCUGUGAAAAUAUUUGAGGAAAGAUCUGUAUUACAUAAAUAAAUUCUUUGUAUGUUGUGAA